CCAGUUUUCAACAACUGAAUUCAGUUCUCCACACAAACAGAGCAAAGACAGUGUGACGGCUGACGACAAGCAAGAAGAAAGAAGAGCAAGCAAGCAACAAGCAAUGGCUGAGACGAAAGCGGUGGUAGUCGAGGAUGGUGCGACGCCUGUGGCGCUGUGUGAGGAAGGAAGAGUUGGGCGGGCGGUGCAGGAACGGUUGCUUGUCGAGGCUGGGGACUACGCGGUGACCCAUGGUUUGAUGAUUGCUCCCAAGGACAACGCGGGAAGGCACGGCCGUGCGCGCCGCUAUGCGGUGGCACCCUGCUCGCUGGUGCCAACCGCGUUCCCACGCGCCGCGUUUGAGCUGGGCCGGGCGAGCCAGCGUGCGUGGCUGGACCUGCUGGACGCGGUGGCCCGCGACAGGGACUUUCUCACCACGUCGCUGGCUUCCACGUGCACUGUGGACGAGUUCACGGCGAACCUGAUGUCCGUCUACGAUGCGGCAUACGCCGCCAAGCCCCAAGCUUACACGGAGGGCACCGUGUUCGCCAUUGUGCGCAACGACUACAUGCUGCACCAGCCCGAAGGGCGUGCCUUCAAGGACUGCGGCAUUCGCCACGUUGAGGCCAACACCAUUGCAGCAUCCUUGGGUGCACUGAGCACCAUCAUCUCCCGCAUGCACCGCACCCUGCUGCAGCGUGUGCUUCGCGUUCCCGCAUCUGUCUUGGAUUCCCACAUGCCUCCCAUCCACGUCACCUCCUCCCUCGCUGACGGCUUCAAGGCCGCGCACGACCACUAUGUUGCGGACCACCGCACGGAUGGGAAGCAUCCCGUGGUGGUGGCGAUGAUUGUGCAGCCCAACGAGUUCAAUGCCUUCGACCAGCGCCACCUUGAGUUCGCUUUGCUGGAGAGGCACCAGCUGCGCAUGGUGCGCGUGUCAUUCGCUGAUGUGCACAAGUACGGGCGUCGCGAUGAGCACACGGGCCGCCUCUACAUCCACUUUCCUCAGCAGACCAGCAGUGAUGGUGAUCGUGGUGCUAGUGAUGGUGACAGUGCAGCCAAGAAGGCCAAGACCGAAGGGCAGGUGCAGCAGCAGCAACAGCAAAGCAAUCGAGCAACGGAGCGCGCGCAAGGCGAGGAGGAAGUGGUGGAGGUGAGCGUGGUGUACUUUCGUGCAGGCUACACCCCGAACGACUACCCGAGCCAGGCAGAGUGGGAUGCGCGCACGCAGCUUGAGCUCUCUGCAGCCAUCAAGUGCCCAAACAUCGCGCUGCACCUUGCCGGUACGAAGAAGGUGCAGCAGGUGCUGGCGAAACCCGGCACGCUUGAGCGGUUCAUCAGCGGAGAGGACGCCACCACGCUGAGGAAGACGUUUGCUGCUCUUUACUCGCUCGACCCAGACGACUACAGCACCAGCGAGGGACAGCAGCAGGGCAAUGACAGCACACGGGAAACACAGCAUCAGCAGAAGGAGAUGGCAAGUGUCGACGCGUUGCUGGCGGAGAUCCAAGAGCACCCGGAGCUGUAUGUGCUGAAGCCGCAGCGGGAAGGGGGCGGCGGCAACCACUACGGGCGCGAGGCAGCGAAUAUGCUUGCAGGCAUGGCGCCCUCGGAGAGGUUGGCGUACAUUGUGCAGAGCCGCAUCCUGCCGCCCACGCAGCCGGCGCUGGUGAUGCGCGAUGAGCCCGUGGGCGCGCCGCAGCAGUCCACAACGGAGCUGGGCCUCUUUGGCGUGAGCGUGCGGCGGCGUGGCAAGCGGGAAGCCGGGCGUGCUGAUUCUGAUGCUGCUGAUGAAGAUCAUGUGGAAGACAACGCAGGCGUGCUGCUGCGCACCAAGCAGGCGGAGAGCGAUGAGGUGGGCUUUGCGGCGGGCUUUGGUGUCCUCGAUUCGCCAUGGCUCACAGACUAGGCCAGGCGCCAGGGGCCAGCGUGUGAAUGUGUGGUUGAUGAUUGGCUGUGAUGUGUAACAAAUCAAGGCUCUGGUCUGCACUACGUUGCUGUCUGCCCGCUUGCGCUGCUGCUGCUGCUGGUGCCGUUUUUGCUGUUAGCGGUGGUGGUGGUGGGCGGCGCGGAAGUUGGAGUCGUUGGGGUUGGAGCAAGCGGCGACGCUGUUGCUGCUUCUGCAUCAAUGGGCACGGCCUGCCCUGCCUGCCAACACGUUGGAAGCAUUCUCACGUGCCCUUGCCG